CGCGCUGCCCUCUCCUCGCCCCCUCCAGCGCUCAACAGGUUCUCGUUCUGCCUGGCCCGUCUGCCCGCUGCCUGCUCGCCGUGACCGCCUGUGCCGUCACGGCGACGACCACGACUGCUGCUGUCACGGGCAGCAUCCCCAUCGCCAUCCCCAUCGCUGUCAUCACCACCAUCCUCCCCUUUGUCUCCUGCCUCUGGCCAUGAUCCCGCACCGUCACAGCCCGACUCGCACCCGGCCAGCUGCUGGGCGAGGCCAUUGUUCCCCUGGACGUUCUCGCUGGCCCAACCCCCCCAGCUCCCGUUGCACGUGGCCCGCACACCCUCCCGCCUUAAGUCGAGUCCAGCCAGCUACUGCAACCGUCUGAAUCUCGCUGCAGAUGGGCGGCGCGUGUUGCAGGGCGGUCAGGACUAGAUCUCGGCCGGCGUGUGAUGCUGCACUUUGGUGCUCCUCGCCCGCCUAGGAUCCGCACUGGCACACGCCCUCCCCCCCAUCGCCACCGUUCUCCGCCGCUCCAGCAACCCAGUGACCUGCAUUUCGGUUUCAGAACAGGAUCGCCGCGCUCCAACUCGUUUCCUUUCUUUCCCUUUGCUGGCUAACCGUUUGAACCUUUGCUAACCCUUCCCUCUUUGCUCACCAUACCAGGCGCCAGGGUUUUGCAGGCAGAAACAAUAAGAGCCAAGCGGGCAAAGGCAAUGGGCAGGGCGUUUCGUCGCCCACCACUCUGUCCAGUCCAAGUUCCUCGCUAGCGCCGUCCCUUCCAUCUGUCCCGCACUCACCAGGCUUAAGCUCAACAAUGUCGUACGAGAACAUCCCCGCCGCCGACAGCCAGCCGUCGCUGCAGCGGCGUCCACCCUUCUUCUUCAGAGAGGAAUAUUCGAACCUCAUCGUCAAGGGCAAUUUCAUGACCCUCGCCGCCAAGCCCGUGCUCGUGGACGAGGGAGAAUGGCUUGCGCACCAAGUCGUCGAGCAGUUCCGCCUUCUGGACGGCAUGAUCCAGAUCAUUCGCACCGUUGACGAAAAGACGGGCCUGCCCAUCUGUAACAUGGACAGCUGCCCCACCAUGUCCGCCGCCGGCCACACGUACACCUGGCUGGACAACAACAAACGUCCGAUCAAGAUCCCGGCCCACCAGUACAUCCAGCUGGUCCAGAAAUGGAUCGUCGGUAAGAUCAAUGAUCCGAACAUCUUCCCAACAGACAUGUCCGGUCCCGGUCAGUACGCCUCCGGCGGGGUGUCUACACCCGGAUCAAAUACGCCCAUCCCAGCUGGACCGACCACGAGCAGUGCGCCGCUGUCGACGCUUGCCGGACGAGAUUGGCUCGGCAAGGCUGCUGGCUUUCCCGAGAGCUUUGAGACGGACAUUCGAAGCAUCUACAGACAAAUGAUGCGAUGUUACGCCCACAUCUAUCACGGCCACUGGCUUGACCCCUUCUGGCACAUCAAUGCCUACAAGGAACUGAACACGUGCUUUAUCCACUUCGUCAACGUCGGCAAGGUGUUUGGCCUGCUCGGCGACAAGGAGAUGGAGCCAAUGCAGCCGCUGAUUGACAUAUGGACUGCGAAGGGCCUGCUUCCCACAGCACCCGCCAGCCAGGCAACGCCCGCGAGACAGGAGCCAGCUGCGGCGGCGACUCCGGCGAUAGGCACGGCGUCUUGAUCGCAAUAUGAAGCGUGUUACAUUCUCAUUGUGGAUUGCAAAGCAGAAUUCUCAUCGUAAAGCAUGAUUUGCACAGCAUCUUUGUCGGAAUUUUGCGGGGGCACCGCGGCAUCAGGCGGAGUUGCAGAGGACGCGAGGAGAUCUACAAGGCAUCUCUUACUCUGGUAAAGGCAUCAUCGAGUCCCGGCGCGGCUUAUUCAUGGAAUGUGAGGGGAGGAAACGCAGCGGGGGACUUUGGAGAACAUGUGUUUCUUUCUCUUUGGGACAGCCGGCAGGGGAACGUGAGAAAAUAGACGUCAUGACCAUAAAAAGCACGAGUCAAGUUAGCCAGAGAAUCAAUUCUCCACGUUUGAA